UCUCGUACACAUCUACGUUUGGUUCUGAAGCCCCGCGCACGACCUUUACAUGUGUUCCGGACCAAAGUAGAGUUAGUAGGUGCCCUCCAAGACAUUGCCAAAAUUCAACAGACAGCGGUUGAGGAAUGCGGAAUUCUUCACCGCGAUUAUAGUCUCAACAAUGCCAUGAUCUGGGAUGAUGGCAGUGGGGGUUGGGGAACCUUGAUCGAUUGGGAAUUUGCCGUGCAUAUUCUUUCAGAGGCUGUUGGUGACCCGGCGACAUCUGUUCGCAGCUGGAAGGCGAAGCUUGCAACGCAUUCCCUUGCAAUGCCCCCCCCUCUCAUACUACACCACUACCAUGACGAUCUCGAAUCCCUUUUCUACGUCUUCAUGUGCAUCUGCAUCGAAUACAGGGGACCCCUCGGCAUUAAACGUGAUCUUUCAGCUGAUAGGCAUCAAGACUGGCUACCACAUCAAUGGGCUGUCAACACGCUCAAAGAAGCCAGCGAUGUGAAGACCUCAUUCUUUUUCCACCCAAACGUACACAAGCUUCAGCAACAAUUUCACCCCUACUUUGCCAGUCUACUCCCACUUGCAAAGCAAUGGUACGAUUUGAUCAGGAACAAAGGUCCAUCAAGUACUGGUAACUUUCCAGGAGGUCAUUAA